UUGAAUAAACGUAUUGGAUCCAACAAUAUAAAGUUAAAGCAGUCUUCUUCAUAUAUAUCAUCAAACAUGAAGCAGAGAAUAGUUAUAAAGGUGCAAUUGGAGACUGACAAAUGCAGAAGCAAAGCUCUCAAAAUUGCUGCUAAAUCGCAAGGGGUGCAGUCACUGUCCUUAGAAGAAGAAAGCAAUAAUGAUCAAGUGGUGGUGAUUGGAAAUGAUGUGGAUCCUGUUUGCUUAGUAAAUCAGUUGAGAAAGAAGUUCCGUUACGCUACGUUGUUAAGUGUCGAAGAUUUAGAAGAAGGAGAUGAGGGUGGUCAAGAUGGAGGAGGAGAAGAAGAAGAAGCAGAAACAGAAACAGAAGAAGUCACGCAAAAGGAACCUCAUUAUGAUAAUUACCAUAUUCCUAAUUGUCCAAUAUAUACUAAUAGCACGUAUGUUCCACCUUCUCCAAUAUGUACCACCUAUCUUCCAACUUGUCCAAUGUGUGCCACUGCCACAUAUUUUCCACCUUCAGCUCCCAUGUAUCGUCCCAGAGUUUAUGAUUCAUACCCCAAUAGCUGCACCAUCCUCUGAUUCUAUGGAAAAAGCUUUUGACAUAUUUCCAUAUCAGAAGGAUACCAUAAAACCAUUUAGGUUGGAUAUGCUGCUGAGAUAGUGUUGUUGGACUUGAUAAAAUUUAGAUUUUGGUACUACUUAACUGGAAAAGUUAAGGGUUUUCUUUUAUCUAUAUAUAUAGAUCCUUUGUUAUGAAUAAAAGCUCUGUAAGAAUUGUUACACUUGUAUACGGGUUGAGGUACUCUUAUACCUCAUCAUAAAUAUAUUUUAUCUUUGCUGAUGAAAAAA